AUGGCAUCACUCACACAACAUCUACCCUCGCUGCUGCGACGGCAGCAUAUGCAAGAUCAUGCUUCGGCAGAGUCACUCAAACCACAUUGGGGAUAUGCAGAUCAAGUUGUACCAUGUGCAAAUGAUGUCCCCAGCUGCGCAUACCUGGAGGUUGUUUACGAUGGUCAUGACUACAGCGUCCUCUUUAUCGGUAUCAUGUGGGCCAUCUUUGGCGGGCUCCUCUUUCUCUAUGCCAUCGGAAGGCGCUUGAUACCAAGUCGACGAAAUCUCGAAUCCGGCAAAGAAGGAGAAACAUUCUCCAUCCGCCAGCACCCCGUCACCAGGCUCACCAUGGCCCUCCGAGCAAGCAUCCGUCACUACCUCCUGCCCGAGUCUAUUCGGUCAAUAUUCGGUCGUACGACUCGUCUCCAGGUCGUGAUAUUGCUCGCCCUCACUAGCUAUGUGACCAUCGUCAGUUUCGCAGGACUCACCUAUGGACUAUGGAUGACGCCUGUCAAGAAUAUGGAAGGCGUCUUCCGCACUCGCACGACCUUAGGGCCGUGGUCAAACCGUGUUGGAGUCCUCGCUUAUGCUCUAAUGCCGCUCUCCAUAUUACUCGCCAACCGCGAGUCUCUGCUUUCUCUUCUGACGGGUAUCCCAUAUCAAAAUUUCCAAUUCUUGCACCGCUGGCUUGGCUACAUCAUCUUCCUUCAAUCCACCAUCCACACCAUCGGCUGGCUGAUCAUCGAACUUCGCUUAUACCAACCCCAACCUCAAGUCUGGAAUGCGUUUAUGGCCGAGACAUACGCGAUCUGGGGCAUAGUCGCGAUGAUCUUCAUCGCGCUCAUUUUCGUGCUCUCCCUCCCAUGCUCGAUUCGCUUCACGGGCUAUGAAGUCUUCCGCAAGGUCCACUACGUCAUGGCUAUGAUCUUCAUCGGAGGAUGCUACGGCCACUGGGCUCCUCUCGGCUGCUUCAUGAUCGCCAGCCUGGCCGUCUGGGGUCUCGACCGCAUCAUCCGACUCGUCCGGGCCUUUCUCCUUCAUUACCAAUAUCUUCCGGAAUCGACUUCCUCGAUGGGUUUCCGGAGUGCGCAAGCUCAAAUCAGCUUCUUUGAAGACGAGCAGAACGGAGAUGUUGUGCGCCUGGACUUUGAACAUAACCAUAAUGCCUGGGCGCCAGGUCAGCACUUUUAUCUCUGCUUCCCGGAUAGCAGUAUCUGGCAAUCUCAUCCCUUCACACCCGCCAGCCUAGCAGGUGUCGGCAGCGGCAAGAUCUCCAACACCCACACCUAUGUAUAUCGUGCACAGGGUGGCCAAACUCGUCAAAUUGCCGAAAUCGCACGUGCCAAGACCCUCGAGGCUGCAGCCCCUGGUAGUGCUACAUCCAACGACGGCAAAGAUCUCAAAACUCACGAGCCCAACACCAGCAUUCUCCCAGCAGCAUUGCAGUCCGCGCCUCGCUCCAGCACCAGGUCGCUCAAGCCCACCAUCCCAGUAAUCUUGCAAGGCCCCUACGGCACAUCCCACGUGGACCACAUCGCCAACACGAACGACAUCAACAUCCUCGCCAUCGCCGGCGGCAGCGGCGUCACCUUCGUGCUCCCAAUCCUACAGUAUAUCAUCACAGCACCAGUUCUCAACGCCUCCGACGACCCCGUAACCCGCAAGAUCGAAUUCGUCUGGAUCGUCCGCCGCCGCAGCGACGUCCGCUGGGUCCAACGCGAGCUGGACACCCUCAGGGCCGCCAGCGACCGCCUGAACCUCCAAAUACGAGUCUACGUAACCCGAGACACCCUCACCGACACAGACCACACACCGGCGGACAAGCACACCACGACAGAUAUCCGAACGGGCAGGGAAACUGGCUCCUCCACGUCCCUCACAUCCAGGGACGACGAGAUCCACCGUGGCGGCUCCUCCUCGUCCUCGUCAUCCGGCGCAAACGAGAAAUCCGCCCCUCGCCAUCACGGCCGCCGCUUCUCAAUAACAUACCACAACACUUCCUCCUCCUCCGCGUCGCCAUCAUCAAACAACAACCCCGAAAACUCGCGCGCCCGCCGCCACCCAGACGUCGGCGCCAUGGUGCGAGACUUCGUCGCGGCCACCGCACACGGCCCGACGAGCGUCUUCGCUUCCGGGCCUGGGGGCUUGGUCUCGGAUCUGCGCACGGCCGUUGCGGCGUGUAAUGACGGGGCGCGCGUGUGGAGGGGCGAUGAGCGCGCGGCCGUCGAGUUGGUCUGUGAUGAUCGUAUUGAUUGGUGA